GCCUCGGCCUCCCAGAAUGCUAGGAUUACAAGUGUGAGCCCCCACACCUGUCCCGUGAUUUUUAAUUGACUUUAGUAUCUGUGUUCAGGGAGAGAAUGGGGUCAUAAAGUCAACCCAACUGCCUGUCAAGAGAAUGGGAGCUUUGGUGUGAGGGUACAAACAGUAACUUUCUAACUUAUUUCAUAGAGCAAAUCUGUAACUAUUGUUAAAAUUUUUUAACCUGUUAUUAGUGGACCUUGGAAUAUAUUGAAACUUAAGACCAUAGUCUAUGCAGAACAGGUAUAUAACAGUAUCAUUUUAUAGUACAUGAUUUGAAUUAAAUUGUUAGAAUUUGGCUUUGUUUUCUGAUUAGUGUCGAUUUUGAUUGCCUACUCACCAGUUAGUAAUCUUUGGAAAAAAGCACUCAAGUAUGCACUGUUUGUUGAGUAUCACUAUUUCAGGCACACUGAGAUAAAAUCUUCCUAAGUGAAGGAUGCCUUUGUAAUACUGCAAAUCACCUUUUAAUUCAUUUUGGUAAAUUAAACACAUAACGAAUUAAUUUUAGUCCAAACAGUUACAAAGUCAACAUUGAUGGUUGAUAUUUUUCCCCUAUUUUAGGCUAAUGCAAAUUAUUUUUAACUUACUAAUUACAAUCCAGUGAUUGGGAGUAGAUAAACAUAGAUUAAGAAGUUUAACAGUUAAAGUUUUAUUAUUUUUUAACUUUUAUUUUUCCAUACUUGAUUAUUUAAUGACAAAGUUAUCUUUAAAACAUGUACCCUGACAGAAAAGACAUCUGACAAACAAAACUAGCAAAUUAAUCUUCCAGUUUGCAUCUGCAAAAUAUGUCUCUACAAACAGAAGUGAACAAGUACUGUAAUAGACAGCAUACAGCUCUAUAUGCAGGACUCCUUUGUGUGCAAAACUAGGAGAAAGCAUGGGUCAAAACAAGGCAAAUGAGGGUGGAAAAAACUUUAAAAUUUCAUCACAAUUGAGUUGAAGGAGAGUUUGGAUGAAAUUUGUGAGGAAUCCAAAGCUUCUAUUGUUCAGAGGAAGAGCCACUACAGGAAGAAGAAAUGAGAAGAACAUACCCUCUAAUUUGACAAAUAAUAUACAUGACUGUUAGGAAAAAAAUGCAUCUGGAGUUCUCCUGUGUGUAAUAUUCCAGAUAUUUUCUGAACAAAAAUAGUUCAGUCUCAUAAAUGUCUUUCCAUUUCAUUUCUACUCUAGGUCUCUGGAAUAUGCUUGCCAGUCACCUUCUGAUUUUUAUUUUAAAAAUGAAAAUAAAGUAUGCUGUGAAAAUAAUAACAAACCUGACACUGUACAUGUUUUUAACACAGACCAGGAGAAUUUUUAUAAUGACACAGAAAGUACAAAAGCAAGGAACCCAGAAGUGGUUAUCACUGAAAUAAAAGAAGACCAAGAGUGUUACAGGCACAGGAUGAAAAAAAUCACCAAAAUAACACUAAUUGCAAAGAGGACAUCAGAAAUACGCUGCCUCAGUUUAGUGAUCCAAAAAGUCUUUUAGAUUUGUGGCUUACCUCCUCCAGAGAAAUGGAGCAUCUUGCAGAAAAAAUGAAAAAGUGCAGAAAUAAGAAAAUGGAAGUGUUAAGAAACCUAAAUGCUGAUGACAGUGACAAUGAUGAUAAUCAUGAUGAAUUAAUUUAAGAAAGGAGCAGAAAACCUGAUAAUCAUCAGUUUCCCAGGCAGAAGAGUGAAGAGUAUAAUAGGCUCCUCUGCAUCUGCCUGCACAGUUGUUUGGUACCCAGCUGGGAGAAGGAGGCGUCAUCUGCCGCAUGCUGAAGGCUGAAGCCUGCAGGACUGCGGCUGGCCUCCCGGGCUCGCCUCACUGGCUCACCUCACAGCAGUUGGUGGCAGCAGCGGACACUGCAGCCAGCCAGAGUGUAGAAAGGUGACAGGGACUGCUCUACAUUUGGCGUGUGCCCACGGCCAUCCGGGAGUGGUAGCUGACUUGGUGGCCAGAAAAUGCCAGCUUAACCUCACUGACAGUGAAAACAGGACAGCUCUGAUCAAGGCUGUACAAUGUCAAGAAGAAGUUUGUGCAUCCAUCCUGCUGGAACAUGGCGCUGACCCAAAUGUUAGAGAUAUGUAUGGCAACACUGCUCUGCACUAUGCCAUUGAUAAUGAGAAUAUAUCAAUGGCAGGAAAACUGCUUGCAUAUGGUGCAGAUAUUGAAGCAAAAAGCCAGGAUGAAUAUACAUCACUUUUACUUGCCAUAAAUAGGAAAAAAGAGCAAAUGGUGACAUUUUUGUUGAAGAAAAAACCAGAUUUAACUGCAAUAGAUAAUUUUGGAAGAACAGCCCUGAUACUUGCUGCUUGUAAUGGAUCAACAGGUGUAGUCUUCCAGCUUCUUCAGCACAAUGUUGAUGUCUGUUGCCGAGAUAUAUCUGGAUGGACUGCAGAAGACUACGCCAUUGCUUAUAACUUUCAAGCCAUUCGCAGACUAAUUUCUGAAUAUAAAGCAAACAAGAGACGUAAACGUCUUCAAAAUAGGAAUCCAGAAGGAACAGCUAACAGGAUUGCCCCUUUGCCAAAAGGAAAAGCAAGUGCAAAAGUAGCGCCUGCUGUUACCAUUGAAGACUGCAUGAACAGGCUUUCCUGCAGACUGGAUACUUUUUUAGUGCGUAUGCGACUAAAAAAGGAUGGUGACUUCAAUUUUAAAUCCAAGAAUGUUCCAGAACAACACUUAACGAAGCGAAGAACUAUUUCUCAACAACCAACAAGGACUAUUUCUCAACAAGCAAUCUUCUCAACGAGGAAGAAUCUGAAAACGACAUAUGGUACUGUGAGAACAGGAAAUAUAACUUUGCUUGAGGGCAGCAGUUCUGACAGCGAAAAUGAAGAUGGGGUUAAAAUCCAUCCUGAAAUCGUCAGUGGUCAGCCUCGUCGACCUACACACCCUGGUCUGAAACCUUCCCUCAAUCCUAUAGUGAACCCUGGUGUUACAAAGGAGGAAGCAACAAAACCAUCAACUGGAAGAAACAAAAAUGAUAAGUCAUCAUCAGGAUCAGAAGAGGAAGAUACAGGAUCAUCCCGUAGUUCUAAGAGUAUCUCCAAGAAUCUUCUCCAGAAGUAUGGUGGUCAUUCAUCUGGGCCUGCUGAUCAGCAGAGGAAAAAUGCAGUAAAUGGAAAUGUAGAUGAACAAGACUUAAAAUUGAUAUCAGAGGGAGAGCAAGACAGGCUUCAAGGAUGUGAAAAUAACCAGCCACAGGUUGCAGAAAAAAUGAGAAAGUGCAGAAAUAAGAAAAUGGAAGUGUCAAGAAACCUACAUGCUGAUGACAGUGACAAUGAUGAUGAUGAUGAUGAAUUAAUUCAAGAAAGAAGGGGCAGGAAAUCUGAUGAUCAUCAGUUUCCCAGGCAGAAGAGGGAAGAGUACAAUAGGCUUGCAAGGAAAACCUCUAAUGAAAAGAACAAGGUUAAAAGAGAUCUAUAUUCCAAGGAUGACCUCAAUGACAUAAUUUGGUCACCUGAAACAUCCUCGGAGGAUGAUGACUUGCCUUAUUCCAGUGAUAAAAACUUUAUGUUAUUCAUUGAACAACAUGGAAUGGAGCAUAAAGAACAAGACUUAGAAAUGACAUCAGAGGGAGAGCAAGAGAGCCUUGAAGGAUGUGAAAGUAGCCAGCCACAGGUUGAAGAAAAAAUGAAGAAAUGCAGAAAUAAGAAAAUGGAAGUUUCAAGAAACGUACAUGCUGAUGACAGUGACAAUUAUAAUGAUGAUGUUGAUGAAUUAACUCACAAAAUAAAGAACAGAAAACCUGAUAAUCAUCAGUUUCCCAGGAAGGAGAAUGACAAGUUUGAUAGGCUUGCAAGGAAAACCUCCAAUGAAAAGAGCAAGGUUAAAAGCCAAAUAUAUUUCAAGGAUGACCUUAAUGACGUAACUGGGUCAUCUAUAAAAACCUCAGAGGAUGAUGACUUGCCUUACUCUGAUGAUAAGAAUUUUAUGUUACGCAUUGAACAACAUGGAAUGGAGUGUAAAGAUUUUGUUAGCCUAUUGAAAAUCAAGAAUGCAAUAGCUGCAUGUGAAAGAUCAAUAGAACAUAAAAAAUGUAACUGUGAACAACUUAAAGUAAAAUUUCAAAAAAUGAAAAAUAAGAUUAGCAUGCUACAAAAGGAACUAUCUGAAACAGACGAAACCAAAUCACAGUUAGAGCAUCAGAAUCUUGAAUGUAAACAAAAGCUCUGUAAUUUCAGCUGUAUCUUACAAGAAGAAGAAGAAAAAAGAAGAAAGGCUGAAGAGUUGUAUGAAAAAGAUACAGAAGAGUUAAAAAUAAUGGAAGAGCAGUAUAGGACACAAACUGAAGUGAAAAAACAACUUCAACUGACUCUCAAAUCAUUGGAAGUGGAACUGAAGACUGUAAGAAGUAACUCAAAUGAGAGUUCUCAUACUCAUGAAAAAGAAAGAGACCUGUGGCAGGAAAAUCACUUGAUGCGGGAUGAAAUUGCCAGACUCAGGCUGGAAAUAGACACAAUUAAAUAUCAGAACCAGGAAACAGAAAAGAAAUAUUUCAAGGAUAUUGAAAUUAUAAAGGAAAACAAUGAAGACCUUGAAAAGACUCUAAAGCUGAAUGAGGAAACAUUAACAAAAACAAUAACCCGUUACAGUAAAGAGCUUAGUGCUCUGAUGGAUGAGAAUACAGUGCUCAAUUUGGAGCUAGAGAAGGAAAAACAAAGCACACAAAGACUGAAAACAGAAAUGGAAUCAUACCCUUGUAGACUGACUGCUGCCCUACAUGAUCACGAUCAAUGUCUGUCAGCAAAAAGAGACCGACAGCUUGCUUUCCAGAGCACAGUAAAUGAAUGGUGUCAUUUACAAGAAAAUAUUAAUUCUCACAUUGAAAUUCUUUCUCAGCAACUUUCUAAAAUUGAGAGUACAUCCAGUGGCCUGGAAACUGAGCUCCAUUAUGAAAGAGAGGCUGUCAAAGAAAAGACAUUGGCUAUAGAACACAUGCAAGGAGUCCUAAGCCGAACACAGUGUCAACUGAAGGACAUUGAGCACAUGUACCAAAAUGACCAACCUAUUUUUGAAAAAUACGUGAGAAAGCAGCAAUCUAUAGAGGAUGGACUAUUUCAACUACAAAGCCGAAAUCUGUUGUAUCAACAGCAGUGUAAUGAUGCUGACAAGAAAGCUGACAAUCAGGAAAAAACAAUAAUUAAUAUCCAAGCCAAAUGUGAAGAUACUGUAGAAAAACUUCAAGCUGAGUGUAGAAAGCUAGAAGAGAACAAUAAGGAGUUGAUGAAGGAAUGUACUCUUUUAAAAGAAAGACAAUGCCAAUAUGAAAAAGAGAAAGAAGAAGGAGAAGUAGUCAUGAGACAGCUUCAGCGAGAAGUGGGGGAUACCCUGAACAAACAGUCACUGUCAGAAGCUAUGCUAGAGAUUUCAUCACAAUGUCACCAUAAUUUAGAAGAUGAGACACGAGAUUCAAAAAAGAAAUUAGACCAGCUGAGAAGUCAAUUGCAAGAAAUGCAGGAUCAACGCACAGGGACUCUAAGAUGUGCUGAGGAGAUGCCAGACCACGUGCAAAAGCUUAAAAUAGAAAAUGCCAUGUUAAAAAUUAGAAUGAAAAAGCGAGCGAACAAAAUUGAGCAGCUUCAGAAAGUUUUGAUGCAGCAGGUGUGCAAGAAAACAUAACUACAGAAGUAGACAAAGAGUUAUUGUGCAUUUCUGUGUCAUCUACAUGCCAUGCGAGUCUUAAAACCAAUUGUCAAUUUCUACAAAAUACCUGCUUGGAUUUGGGCUGUGAUUACAUUACGUCAUGAGAAAGUAUGAACAUCUUAACAAUGUUGAGUCUCUCAACCCGUGAAUAAGGUAUUUUCUUAGAUCUUCUUUGAUUUUUCUCAACAAUACUUUUUAGUUAUCAUUGUACAGAUAUUUUGCAUAGUGUGUCAGAUAUAUUCCCAAGAAUUUUAUUUUAAUGCUAUUAUAAAUAGUAUUAUUUUUAAAAUUUCAAUUCCUAGCAGUUUAUUUCUAACAUAUAGAAUUAUAAUUGAUUUUUGUAUAUUGAUCAUGUAUCCUGCAAUGUGGCAAAACUCACUGGUGUCAGUAACGUUAUAAUUGAUUUCACUUGGUUUUCCACAUAGAUGAUUAUGUCUGCAAAUAAAGACCGUUUUACGUA